AUGCAGGGAAAAAAAAAGAAAUGGGACGACAUUGCAAACUGCAUAAGUGCCUGCAGUGCUUUUAGAAGAUCUGGCACAGAAGUCAGAAGAAAAUGGCACGACUGUUCAAGUUUGGCGAAAAGGAGGGCAGAGUUGAAUAGAGAGAAGUCUGAGACUGGUGGAGGGCAGUUACUGACACUGCCUCUCACCCCAGAGGAGGAGAGGGUCCUGGGCAUACUGGGGCCAUCAGUGACGGAAGGAAUACCUGGAGGGGUAGAUGUGUCCUUGAAUGAACUUCCAUCUACCUCACCACAACCUGCCUCUCCAGUGCAUCUCUCCUCACGCUCCAGUACUGGCUCAUCUCCAGGGCCCUCAUGCGCAGGGCUCAGUCAAAGGGCCCCACCUGAGAAGGACCGAGAAUCGAAUCCUUCUGGGUAUGGUGAAGAGCUGGUAGCGCUGGGAAAAGAGAGGCUUCAGCUAGAGAAAGAACAGCUCCAGCUGAAACAAGAAGAGCUCCAGCAGCGGGAGAGGCACUAUCAGGAGCUGGUUCUGCUAAACAAGGCAAAACUGGACAUCCUGGCUAAACAGCUCGCAUUGGCAGAGGCGCAAUUCAACAGGCCCUCCAAUCCCGUGCCAAUUAUGUUGCCCUCAGAACAAGGCAUGGCCACAACAGACCAACUGGAGCCUCGCUCGUGA